UGCAGGACGCAGGAGACAGUCGCUCUCCAAGGUGCUGAAAGUCGGAGCGCUCCCUCCUCAGCCUCGCCUACUGAUAACGAAUGCGACCGAAAACCACGCAAUGACCGACUUCAGUGUCUGACGGUUUCGUGUGUUUUAUACUGCGCAACUUAGAGGCAUCGCAGGAUUUCUUGUUUUUCAUGCAGCCGCUGGAUGUAUUGGCUACACACACACACACACACACACAGUACGUGCACCAGGACUGACUGUCGCUUUCUGAUAUUCAUCUGCAUCGUUGGGAAAUAUACUGAAUUGACUCCGGAUUCUCGGGGAACGCUAUAGAGGAUUUCUAUUUCCCCCCUCUCCUCGGUCUCAGUUUCUCUCUCUUCCGCUCUGCACUGCAUGCCUUCGGACGUGAACUGUGAUAUUUUCUCUGAAAGGUGAGUCUGAUGAGGAUAAUCAUGAAGCAGACCUACUUUUACACGGAUACCUGUUUUUUUGCACUGGAGAGUGGGGGACCACGUCACCAAAAGGCUGGUGUUUAAUUGCUUUCAAACCCCGUCAUCACGAUCAAGGGGGAGGAUUAUCGUGGCUGAUUUUGUGGUGAUUUCUUUCUCUCUUUUUUUACCCUGUGGAUAAAGUGAAGUUUUAAAUAAAUCCAUCUCUAAUCUGCUCCAGCUUACGUUGAGCUGUGGGCUCUCUGGCUUCGUACUCAGUGAAUAUCAAGCAAUUACAACGCGCCCUUCUCCACAAGAGACAAAGAUGACGAUAAUGAGUCGCAGGAUGGACACGGAGAGGACACCGGGAGCUUAGGGAUGACAUCCACACUAUCUUGCUGAAUGUGGAUGCUGAUGCUGCGGCGAAGGAUGGGCCCCGUCUUCGUCCUCCUGCUGGCUCUGCAGAGCGCCGCGUCCCCGGCCUCCGUGGGUAACCCCGAGGAUUACACCGCGGACGAGGCGGAGCGGACCGCCGGUGAAAACAUCGUCUUCGACGAUUACCGCGGGAAAGGAUGCGUGGACGACAGUGGCUUCGUCUACAAACUCGGGGAGCGCUUCUUCCCGGGACACUCGAACUGUCCGUGCGUGUGCACGGAGGACGGGCCCGUGUGCGACCAGCCCGAGUGCCCCAAACUGCAUCCGAAGUGCACCAAAGUGGAACACAAUGGAUGCUGCCCCGAGUGCAAGGAGGUGAAAAACUUUUGCGAGUACCGGGGGAAAACGUAUAAGAUCCUGGAAGAAUUCAAGGUGUUUCACAUACAGGGCUCCCAGUCAGAUGAGGAAGGCACCAACCCACCAGGCAAGGCUGCCAGUGUGCCUCUGGCCUCAGGGCAGCUGCAAUCAAGAACCAGGAGAUUUAGGCCAUCACCCUGUGAAUGGUGCCGCUGCGAGCCAAAUAACGAGGUGCACUGUGUGGUGUCCGACUGCGCCGUCCCGGAGUGUGUCAACCCCGUGUACGAGCCAGAGCAAUGCUGCCCUAUCUGUAAAAACGGUCCAAACUGCUUCGCUGGAACCACGAUCAUCCCAGCCGGAAUUGAAGUAAAGGUGGACGACUGCACCAUCUGUCGCUGCCACAAUGGAGACUGGUGGAAGCCGGCACAGUGCUUGCGGCGGGAGUGCCUCAACGGCCAAUCGUUGUCAUAGAAAGACUCCACUGGGGAUGGUGGAAAAGCUCAGGCAAGGCCCUGCCUUCUACUGCACCAUUUUGUAUGAUUGACAGGGCAGGAGCACAAUUCCUAAGUAACCUGAGACAGCGUAGUAUCGAGGAGACGCACUCACAAGCUUAACCUACAAAUUCUGCCACCUGGAGAAAGGCACUCGUGUCACGGCCACUUCCACCCUCCGCGUUGAGGCGUCCCGACAUAUUUUCAGAAGUUGACUCGCUUGACUUGCUGCUCUCACACAAAAUGUUUCUAAGCUCCUAGAACUCUUUCCUAACCAGUGGCAAUGUUAAAUUGCUCAUGUUGAUUUAUGUUUGUAUGUACGUAUGUAUGUCAUCUGCUUGUCCGACUGUCGCCAUCAUGCAGGUGUUGUAAAAUUUCAACAGCAGGAAAACAAACCGUAAGCACACUUAACAUUUUUUCUCUCCCGCGAGGAUCGUCAUCGUGCAACAUCGACGGCGUGUUCACAUUCUCACUUUUAAGAGCGUGUUUACAAAAUGCACAUCACACGUAAGCGUUUGUCUUCAUGACUUUUCAUCACCAUGGCAGGAAGUCGACAUCAAGACCCAGAUGGAGUUCCUCUUAAUUUUAUAAAAGCCCCUUACAAAAACCCAAGAUAGCGCUUUUAUUAAUCACAAUAAACGAAUUGUGAGUCCUGUUUCUACACAGAGGCAGUCGAGGCAGGGGUAAACUGUAGAAUUAAAUGGAGAGUUGAAGAGACAGGAGAGUCAGCAAGUAUGAAAAGCAGUAAAUACUUUUCGGGGUUUGACAUUUUCUGACGCGCUCACAACAUAUACCUGGAGAAAGUCCAGGACAUCCAGGUGAUGGGUGGCCCCUGGCGUGAGUCUGCAGCAGGCAGGAAAACUCGUCCACUCACUUGCUGUGAAUUGUCUGGAACCUUUCCUGCCGUGUUCUCACAUGAGCUCACUCGGACAUUGUCUGGGAAAUUUGAUAAGGGAGCUGGCAGAAGUUUCUGGAACACGUCCAGACUUCCGUGCAUGUCUCAAAGCAGCGUUAAAGGAGCAUAAUGUAAAAUUCUGAAACACUAAUUCUAAACAUCUUCUGGCAGCCCCUUCCAGAUUAAUUGUUGUUAUUGUUUUCUCUUCAAGGUCCAUAUCUUGCAAAAAAUAUUCCCACUAACUAACUGCUUGAACGUGUUAUCAAAGCAAUUAGCCAAGCAAGAGCGGCCUGCUUUGAUUUCCCUUCAUCAAGGAGUAUUCUGUGAUAAAUCAUCCAGCUGGGUGCUUGGCGCUGCCGCAGCCUGCAUGCUGGGUACAUUCAACAUGAACCAGCAGACAAAAGGAGGGAAUGUGCAUAGGUCUAAAUGCUUCUAAGUAGCAUUCGCAUGCACAAUGUGCAUGUGAGCAUACACAAGCACCCCAUUCAUCGACUGUAGGCAUGGUAUGUUGAUCUGCACCCAGUGAAGCACUUAAACCUAUAAGGAUUGUUAACUCACAAACCGGUUCCAUUAUCCCAUAGAUUACUCGGUCAGUUCCGGUUCCUUCUCUUCAUGACACGGCAUCGAACAGCCCAUUCAGCAGCGUUGUGUCUAUUGCCAAGGCUUAGUUGAUAAAUUGUUUGGAUAUUUCGCCCAGACCACGGUGGCCCUCUAUUGGUCCAGCCUGAAAAGAAAGAGCAGACAAGCAGGGAAUAACAUUUUGUUUUUGAGAUGAUAAAUACUAGUCAUUAAUUCAAAGGUGAAUUCAAGUAAGCUCAUUCCAUUGGUCACAAGAGUUGAUUCCAUUUCCAGAAAAUCCGUUCCCGUUAACCUUUUAGACCCUAUUUCUGGGCAAUGAUGGAUUGGCUGCAUAAAUAGCAGCUCCAAGCUCUCUAAUGAGACAGAAAUGAAAAUAUGAGUAAGACAAAUGACUUAAGAGCUAUAUUAUGUUAAAAAGGUACUAAAAACUACAAUUUUCUUUGGAAGAAUCUCUGCUGCAUGGUCCAAGACUGCAGUACAUGGGUAAUAGAGGAGUCAGAGUUGGAAGAAUGUGGGUGGAGCCAAAUCUUAGGUGCAACAGUAAAGCUCGAGUCAUUGUCAUCAUUAAGCUACAGUGAUUUAGUGUCUCUCAGCGUGAAAGGACAGACCUCAUUUAUCUGACUUGAGGUCUGCAGACCCAUAAAACAAAACUGACAUGUAAGGUUUAUCAAUCACAGCCUCGCUGCUCCAGAUAUUUUAGGAUUAGUAAAGGUCCUUCAUUCAUCAUAAUUACUUUAAAUGCCAAAUAAUUAUUCAGUCUGUACAUGUAUCCAUAAAAACGUAUAGGAAUUAAUUUACUGGGCGUGAACAUAGAGACACUGAAAUGCGUCUGAGAGAUAACAGGGCUCGGAGGCAUUUCUGCAAUCAUCAAUGCCUUAUUGCUACUGUUGCAGAUAAAAUUCACAAAGCAUGGUCUUUGGCAUCAUGCUGCAUGAACAGCCCAGACUGCUUUAAGUGUUACUUUGAAUACCUCUGUGCACUGGUUUACUGUUGCACAUCGCCUAGUCUUUAUUUAACACGCAGACAUUCCAGUUGACGUCCAGCAGCGUGAAUAAGGAGGAGCAUAAGGGAGAGUUCAAUCACAGCUAAAAGUGAAGAUAUUGCAUAAUUGCUCCCAUACUGCUUUUCUGUUACACUACAUUUGGUAAGCUUAAGGGCUGGGUCAUACUUUCAGCAAAUCUGCUGGGGUCUGUGUGACACAAAUUUCGUCAUCUGCCCAUUUCCAAAAUGGUCAGCGUGGCCCCAACGCGGACAGACGCGAGCACGCCUCCGCUAUGAAUCCUACGUGGGCUGUACGCAGCAACUGCACAUGCUCCCUGUAGCACGGUACUUUCCAGUCGAGGUGGGGGCGCGCUUCUUUAGGUCAAAGAAGACGGUGACCGUGGAAACUUGCUUGAGGCUGUAUGAGAGAAUACAAGGACACACAAAAGAUGGCGAACUCCUAGUGAGAAUUUGCCACUACUAAAAAUGGAAGAACAAGAACGCAUGCCUUUGAACACUAGACUGACGUGGAACUACAUGCACACGCAUGGGGAAAUGUGCGGCUCUCUGUGGAACACGGUAUGACCCGGCCCUAACUCGUGUGUGUGUGUGUGUGCGUGUGUGUGUUGGGGGUAAGCAAGUGAGAGGAAAAACAAAUCAUAUUCUGCCAAACAGGCAGUCAGAGAAAAUGAGAUGCAGAUAUGCAGCAGCUCGACACUGGUGCAAACACUGAUCUGCACUAAAGAGGUUUGAUUCUUUAGCUGAAAUGAAAAUAACUUUUAUUUACUGUGAUUGUGAACCGAAGAGGAUCAGUGCAGAUGUAGAUUACCAUACAGAAGACGCCCAUGUGUGUCACCUGAGAGAAUACGUUGCACUUUAAAUUCACAAGAGGUGUUUAUGCGGCACACAUGCACGUACACGCAUUUUCAGAGAGAGAGCCACUCCUUGGGCAAACCAGGAGAUGUUACAUUUCUCCUUGCCAGUCUGUGAAGCUGCACAGUUUCAAGGACAAAUGAACAAUACAUCAUCUUUUUUUUUAAUCAUUUUCUGCCAAGAGAGUCGAGUCUUUGUUUGUCUGUGAAUGUCUAUAAAAAAAAAUACUCCACCUGUCCUUUCAUCGUUCAAAACGCAGGCUUGUACAUGGGCAUUUUUGUAAAAAUGAACCAUUCACUUUCCACGAGACACAGACUUACUGUAGCUGGAAAACAUGAAUAUGAUUGUUGUUGGGUUUUUUUUUUCUCCUUUGCUUUUUUUUUUCAGCAACAAAACUGUUACAUAAAGCGUGCCUGAACAACACCGAAUACUAUCUGGAAUAGGAAGAGAAACACUGUUAUUAUACAAUCAAUUGUAUUCGUCUUUGGGGCACCAAGGGUCAGUUCAUGUGGCACUCAACUGUCUUACAGUAUCAUUUCUUCAACCAAUUUGAACACUUGUGUUUAAAAUCAAAAGCAUCUCUGAUUGUAUGUGAAUACACGUUGGUUUACCCUAAAUUGUAUGAGGAAACAAAGGGUCCAAAUUUUGAAAGGUAAGCAGCCCCUGGUGCUCCACAUGUUGUUCAUAUGUAAAUAUCUUCAAGCGUAUAAUGUGUAUUCUGACAUUUGAGGUGAAGUAAAAAAAAAAGAAAAAAAGAUAUAUGAUAUAAGAAAUGUGUAUUAUUCAUCAAGACAAAAACUAUUUUGUUAAAUAGACCUAAGUGUGGUUCAGCAAAAGUGAGUGUGGGUUUCCUUAUUUGCUC